AUGUAUUCCAUCGGAUAUGUUAGCCAUGGUUCCAAACCUCCUGCUGUUGCACUUGCAGCUAGUGCAAUCGAGAAUGGUGUGGGAUUUGAUGACCUGUUUGAAGAUGAUGAAGAAGACAUCUUGAUCGUUCGUUGCUGUACAAGGCUAUUCAGGUCAUCUCCCGCAUAUACCCAGCAAUCCGAAAUUGCUACUCCUCUACAAGAACGAGAUAAUGUUCGCAAUAUUCUGAGCUUAGCACAAGAAGUUCGAAAAGAAUGGGUAUCAAAAUCUUGGAAUGACGUUGUACAUGCAAAAACGCUUCAAGCAAAUACUUCCAUCUCCUCUAAAGCAAAGCUACAAUUAAGUCAAGAACUUGAACAAAAGCUUCAAAAACCAAAAAGGAUGAUGCAAUCAUAUUCUUCCUUUCCUCUUCGAUUUCGUGAUGAACCAGAAGUACUAGAAGGCUAUAUAAGUUCUUGGGGCGGAAUUCGAAUUGGAAAGGUUUUAGAAGAUUUGGAUAGUCUAGCUGGCGAGGCUAGUUACAAGCAUGUACUGGGAAGCAGACCCACAGAAUCAGAUCAUGAAAUGAAUCCGAUCUUCAUCGUGACCGCAUCUGUCGAUAGGCUGGAUUUACUAGAACAUUUAAGGGCAGACCGAAAUUAUCGAUUGAACGGGAUGGUGAUCUAUGUCGGAUCAUCCUCAAUGGAAGUUUUGGUAACGGUAGAGGAUGUGACUGACGUCAAAGAUGGUAAAAGUGACGCUGCAAGAGCUGUUUUGACUGGAAGAUUUACCAUGGCAACCAGAAAUGCAGCAACAGGAAAAGCACAAUCAAUUCCACCUCUUCAAAUUCAAAAUUCUGCUGAAGAGCAAUUGUUUGCACAGGGACAAGCACACAAACAGAGAAAGCGGUUCGAAGCUCAAACGUCAUUGGAGAAAGUCCCUCCAACUUCCGAUGAAGCUACAUUGUUACAUCAGUUAUGGCUAGCGGAAGAAGCAAAAAAGAGUAAGGCAAUUACAGACAAAUCUCUAGACACGGAGAGCAAAUCGGUAUACAUCGAAGAUACACAGCUAGCAAGUGUUUCGUUCAUGCAUCCUCAACAACGCAACGUACAUAUGAAAAUCUUUGGUGGAUAUUUGAUGAGAAGUGCAUAUGAGCUAGCCUACAUGAACGCUAUCACAUUCGCUAACGGCAAGCCUGUCAAGUUUCUCUCCCUGGAUGCGUUGUCCUUUCAUUUACCCGUUUCAAUAGGCGCUAUCUUGAGCCUGACGUCACGAAUCACAUAUACCAGUGGAAGUACACCACACACCACGGAGCAAAACGAACAAAGCUCGAUCGCAUCUGUCGUUGUAUUGGCAGAAGUGGUCGAUACGAAAACGGGUGAGAAAAAACGAAGUAACACCUUCCAUUUCAGCUUUGACUUCGGUCCCGAUGCGAAAAAAGUCCUACCAGAAUCAUAUCGGGAUAGCAUCGCUUUCCUAGAAGGCAAAAGACGUGUCGAUUUGGGCAACGAAUUACGAAGAAUCUCACAACCUGCAUGA